CUUUUGAAAACGCCUGUUUCGAAAUACAAGGGAAAAGUCACAGCAUUAGAUUCCGAGCCCUGCUUCCAGCUCGCGCUUCUAGAUGCUAAUUAAGAAUCAGAUGAGUCUCGUUACAGAAACGUCACAUGUUUUGCUGUAUUAAAUUAGAGCUCGUGCGGAUGACUGGGAGACAGAGCAAAAGAGAGUUGAUGGGCUUGAGAUUUAGCAGCUGGAGUGACAUAGGGGGACAAACAAAAAAAAGCCCUUGGAAGAAAUUAUACUUUUAGCCUUUUCUCAUCCAACAAAUCGACACGAUGCAAUUGGAAAUGUUGCUUGUGCUGGCCUGGGUAUUGAUCGUUCCUGCAACGAACAGCAAAAAAACUUAUGGUGACAUGUUUCCUCACAAACAUAAACUCCCUAUUCCAUUCCCAAUCCCUGGAUGGGACCCGGACACGAACCCUUGGGACGAAUCCCUGUAUCCCCCCUUCAAACAGCAGCUGAAUCGCAGACAUGAUAAACCACCGAGGGUGCGCCUCACAAGCGACAGCCCAGCGAUGAAAGGCUCAUGCAUCUCGUUCACUGCAGCUCUGGAGUUUCCACCAUGCCAGAAGGAGGACAGCAGCGGCAACCUGGUGUAUGAUGAGCACUGUGACGACGGUAUGAUGGAGGCCUCAGCCAAUGGACAGGUGCGUUCAGGAUACGUGUUUAACUGGACAUCCUGGUUGGAUGACUAUGGCUUUGGAAAGUGUACAGAUCUGAAGAGGUGCAAUGUUUUCCCUGAUGGAAAGCCUUUUCCUCAGAGCAAUGACUGGAGACGUAGAGGUUAUGUGUAUGUGUGGCACACCAUGGGCCAGUAUUUUGAGACGUGUGAUGGCUCCUCCUCCCAUCUGACCCUGAACACCACUAACAUGACGUUUGGAUCUGGUAUGAUGGAGGUGAUGGUGUACCGUAAAUGUGAGCGCAGGAAGUACAGCCCACUCUCUGUGGACAGCACCGUAUUCUUCAUAACAGAUAAGAUUCCACUCUCCGUGAACAUUUCCCAGAAGCAUCCAGCCAGCAUAACUGACAAAAACGUCUUUGUCAGAGGGUCAGAUGUGAUUUUCAAUGUCCAGAUCCAUGACCCAAGCAACUAUCUGAAGACCGCUGAUGCGGUAGACUUCAUUUGGGACUUUCGGGAUGGCAACCAGUUGGUCACCCACAGCAAUGUGGCAACUCAUGCGUACAACACUCUUGGAAAUGUAACAGUCAAGCUCCUCGUGGAGGCAUCGUUCCGUGUGCCCUGCCCGCCACCGACUCCAACACCAAUGCACUUUACACAAGCUCAUAGCACGGCAAUGCCUACAUUACCGCCUGGCACUCACGCAUUCACUAGCAAAAUGGAGACCACCAAGGUUCCCAUCAUCACCAAUCCUUCACCAACUACCACUCCUCGAGUCUCUACAACUGCUGUACCAACAACCGAACCAUUCCAAACCGAUUCAGAGGUGACGUCUAUUACAGCCACCGCUGGGCCUGAGACCAGUCCCACGUAUAAGCAGCCCACCCCACCCCCCAUGAUCAAACACACACACUUCAAGGAAUAUGACUGUUUCCACCAUGUGAAUGGCUCCUUUGAAGGCGAGAUCAUAAUCAUAGAACCUCCUCUAGCUCUGCAGAACCUGCCAGCCAACCAGAUUUUAAAGGUGUCAGCUGACAAAGUGACCAACACAUCUGUAAACUUCAUGGUGACUUGCUCCGGCAGUGUUCCCUCAGUGGCCUGCACCAUAGUGACCAACUCCGCUUGUCGGGAGGUCAAGAAUAUCGUGUGUGAGGAUGUGGCUCCUUAUGGCGAAGGAUGCAAGAUCAGCUUGACACGCAUUUUCCAAACGCCGGGCAAUUACUGUGUCAACAUCACGCUGGGUCUGCCAGGAGGCUUGGCUCUUGCCACCACCACCUCAGUUACAAUUGGCAACAGCCCUAAUAUAAGCUCUCCUAAAUCCUCCCAUGUGGCAGAGGUGGUUCUGUCUUCCAGCGCUGUGCUUAUUUCCAUUUUUGCAUUCAUCGCUGUCAUGGUUUACAAGCGAUAUAAGGUGUAUCGUCCGGUGAGACGCUCUAUGUUGGAUGAUGCUGAGAGAACUGCUGGUAGCUGGAGUUUAAGCAAAGUAAGAGCAGCUCUGUUCUCUGCUGACGAGGAGAGAAGCCGUUUAUUGACAGAGAGGCCACUAUAGACUGAAACAAGUUGUUGCAGCAAAGUUGCUAUUUAUUUGAUACGAGUUUGGCUGUAGGUUAUCUAUGAUAAUAACUAGAGAUCUCAUAGGUGCUUGCUUUCAGCAAGAUUACAUUAAACUGGCAUCAGUUUGACUAUAAGUAAUCAUAGCAUUUCAGUUAUAUCAUCUGCAUGCAAGCUUUAAAGAUUUAUAAUGAAAGAUUUGGAACGAAUGAGACCAGAUAUGCCAGAUCUACAGGGGGUUCUAUAAUCUAAAAUGACUAAAACUACUACUAACAAACCAAUCACAGUCCAGUGCAUGAGAAAUCAGUUUGGUUUUCCCAAACCAAAUUCACUAAAAUAUUUUGAUUCAAUGGUGAAAAUAGUUACAUUUUGAGGGACACUUUGUCUCAACUGAUUUUACAAGUUCCUUAAUUUGCAGACAGGAUGAGAAAUUUGACAGAAGUUGGAUGUUCUAAUGUUCUGAGAAGUUGUACUUUAUUUUGACCAUAGUUAAGAGAUUUUAUGUAUGGGAUCUAAAAUUGGUGCAGUAUUUUUGAGAAAGACCUGUUUGAUGGUAAUUGAACUGUAGUUUCAUAUGAAGUCACUUUACUAACCAUUUCUUUUAAUAAAGCAUGAUUUUUAUGAAGUAUGCUUAUUGAUUUAAAAAAAGAAAAAAUUUGACAGCACUUUUGGUAAUUAUGAUUUCAGAACUUGUUUACUUCUGUAAGUGCUUAUACACACACACAAACAUUCUAAUAAAAUUUCUAAACCGUUUGCUAUAGUGAUGCACAACAU